AUGGCGCGCCGCACGCCGAGCGUUUUCGACUACAGCAUUGCCUACGACGAUGGCGAGCGUAGCCGGGCCGCCCUAGAGCGUAAUCUGCAGAACACGGAGCACAGCCUGCACCUGAGCAGCCACCCGUCAUCGGACGACUACAGCGUCGAGUUUCCGCGGCACAACAGCGGGCCGCAGCCCGACUUUAGCAAUUUCCGGAGCAUCGAGUACAGCUAUGACGACGGCGAGCACGAGCAGAGCAGCCAUGUCAACGCUUGGUCGUACCGCACGAUGGACGACGAGGAGGGCAUCACCCAUCCCACGCUCUCCACCGCCGCGCACCACGCCAGCGCACUCACGCUCAGCGCUGGGCUCGGUGGCAGGGCCGCGCGUAGGAGGAGAGAAGAUAUUAGUCUGAGCGGUGCAGAAUAUGACCCCGAGCGGCCACUGGACGACCUCGUGGCCAACAUUUCGGCGCUGGACCCCGACGACACCCGCUCGCGCACUCAGAACCACUACCGCCAACAACAACGACGUGUCCCGCCCUCUGCGUCAUCGUCAGCCUCAGAGUCGUCCUCGGGCCCAGCCACACCACCCGCCGGCUCCCCGCGCUCAAACCUCUCCGCGCACCUCACCCACCUCGCCUUCUCCCCCAAACGCCCCCGCUCCCCUGCGCACGCCAAGUCUCGCUCCGCCACCAACUACGCCCGUGCCCAGUCACCGCUGCACGACGACCCCACCCCGCGCGCCCGCAAAGUCCGCUCGUCCUCGUCCGCCCACGUCAAUGUGCACCCCGAGAUCAACGUGCGCCCACCGACGCCCUCAACGGCCGACUCCAAGUUCACGCGCAUGGCCAAGAGCCUGGCACGGGACAUUGAAGCUGCCCAGGCGGACGGCAAUCUCGCGCAGAGCACCAUCCGCGGCGGGAACAAAGGCCACCAACAGCCCUCCCGCAGAGCCGACGACCUCUACGGCAACGCCCACUCCUACACCCGCGGCGGCGUGCAUCUCCCCGACGUAACAGGCCUAACAGCAGCCGUCGAAACGCCCUUGAAAGGCGGCGUCCGCCAUUACCCGUACAGGGACGACGGGCGCACCGACAGCGCCGGCAAAGCCCGCCUCGUCGAGAUGCUCGGCCUCGUCCAAUCCCGCCUCCUCCAGCUCGAAGGCGAGAACGCCGGCUCCGCCCGCCGCAUGCGCGAGCUCGAAGCCGAGCUCGAGUCCUGCCGCGCAGACGUCGCGUCCGAGCGUGCACGCAUGCUGCGCCGCGAAGCCGAGCAGGACGAGAUAUUGCGGCGCGUGGAGAGUGCCAAUUCGAAGGCGCGGGCGGCGAACGAUAAGAUGGUGCGGGACAAUGAGCGGAGCAGACGUGAGAUUGUCGAGGGCGAGCAGAGGCGGUACCGUGAAGCUGUUGAGGAGAAGAAGGCGCUCGAACAGCUCAUCGGGACGCUGCGCGGCCAUAUGAGUCGUUUGACGGACGAGUUGGCUAGUCAACAGGGUCUUCUGGACGAGCUUCGGGGUAUGCGCGAGGCAGAUGCGUCGACGCUACACGAUAAAGUCCGCGAGGUCGACCGUCUACGGACAGAAGUCGAGCGUGUUGCAGGCGAGGUCGAGGUUCUGCGCGGGUUCGUCGAAGAGGGACUCCGCGAGCGCCGUGCUCGGCAUCCGGAUGCUUCUCAAGUGCCUCUUCCCGAAGAGGAUGAAGAGUCCGCCAGCGACCGCUCUCCAUCGCCCGUACCUACGGAACCUCUCACCGACGACGAGCGUCAACCUGCUCCGGCUCAGGCGCAGAACCUCACCUACGACGAAUCACAAUCGUUGUACUACGCUCCUCCACCCCCCGCCGAACGGACAACACGUACAGACCGAGCAACAGUCGAUACCUCGCGCCCAUCUCCUCGACCAUACGUCGAGCAAAGCGAAAUCGACCGUAUCGCCGAAGAACUCUCCGAGCGUCGCAGUGCCUCGCGCAGCGGUUCUCUAGCAGGUUCAUUAUCGAGCGCCGCGCCUUCGCCCACCAACUCCCGCUCAAGACAAGGCUCACGCCCAGCCUCUGCAUUAUCAGGCUCAAUACCCAGCCGCCACGCCGCCUCACCCACCCCCGCUCCCCCGCGCCCAACAGCACCCACACCCGCCCACGCAACCGGCCACCACCAGCCCCACGCCCCGCUCGACGACAGCCCCCUCCCCCACCGCCCGCGCCGCUCCAAGGACAAAGACUCCAAAUCCAAAGGCAAAGCCCGCGCCCAGCCCGCAGCAGAGCAUGAAACGCCCUUCCCGCAGAUCCGCGGCGAGCGCCUCGAAAAGCUCUUCUUCUCCGCGCCCGCGCACAACUCGCGCACAUGCGCCGUCUGCGCGCGCCGGAGCGGCGCGAAGCGAGAUAAGCAGCCUUUGUGGGCUCGCAUUCCCUCUGGCUCGUCCGCGCAUCCCCAGAGGAAUCGAGAGGAAGAAGUCGACGAGGGCUUCGAGGAGGGCUCGGACGCCGACAACCAUUCCGCCGCGGGAGGCGAACGCGGUAGCGGGCCGAACCUCGACUUCCUGCGCCCUGGCGCGCGUCUCCCGCCCCAGACUGUCCUCGUGCGCGUCCUGCGCGAGCUCGAAGAUGACUUCACGCACUAUAAGGGCAUCUAUCUGGAGUUGGCGCAGCAGUAUGGGCUUAUGGACCCGGUGUCGAAUGUCGCGAAGAGGAAUGUGCUGGCUGAGCAUUUGAGGGAGGUUAUUGAUGUGCUUGAGCAGCGGGGAGAUCAAAUCGCGAGCUUGUACGAUUUGCUCACGUAUGAGGAUAAGCCGGAUAUGAAAGCUCAGGGCAAGCGGCCUGAAUCCCGCGCUGCACGGCCCGAGUCGCGGGCGACGGGCUCGAGGAAGCACGCUGCCUUCGUAUAG